AUGGCUGCCAUUGAAAAGUUCUUGCAGUUCCAAGAUUCCGUUCCUUGUAAAAUUCGAGCUAAGCGUGGCUUUGCCACUCACCCAAGAAGCAUUGCCGAGAGGGUGAGAAGAACCCGAAUCAGCGAACGGAUGAGGAAGCUACAAGAUCUUGUCCCUAACAUGGACAAGCAAACAAACACAUGCAGACAGCAUUAUUCGGACCCACUCACACGAUGCAGCACAUGGACAGCAAAAGAAAAACAUUCGGACACCAUGCAGUGGACACAUGCAGGACAGCAACGAACUCACACAUGCAAUACACAUGCAGUUCACAUGCAGCACACGGACAUCACUCAAACAAAAGAAAUGCACAUGGACACCAGCUCAUACAACAUGCAACAGCAGGAACUGCACUCACACAUGCACACGUGCAGCAAAGAGAUCAUUCGGAAGCAGGAAAAACACAUGCAGCAGCAGCAAGGAAAAACACAUGCACAUGCAGACCAGCAAAGCAAUCAUUCGGACGGAACCAACCUGGAAGUUGCAGACGCUGAACAGCAGCAGAAAGACACUCACAUGGACGGACAGCACACACUCGGAUAUCGUUGGAAAGCAACAGAACCAUGCACAUGGUCUACGGGGUUCCAGCUCUUUUUUUUUUUUUCUCUUUAUCAUUUUUUUUGUUAUUCUUUUGAGCUAGCUGUAAGCUUACAGACCUCAUAAAAACUGGGGGCUUGAAGCUUAUUGGGGGUAGCAGUAGUCGGGAGUUUAUUUUAAAUUUCCUUUCUCUUCGUUAAGACGGGGGCAGUUUUAGUUUAGUUUUUACCUAUUUUCCUUCCAUUUAGAAGCAGCAGCAGCACCACGGGAGUUUUGAGUUUUUGGACUUGUUUUA